GUUCCGUGACGGAAGAAGAAAAAGACGGAACUUCCGUCUGGGAUGUUGUUUACUGUUCUUUUGCUGAGGUUGAAAAAAGAAGCUGAUAAACUAAUUGAAACAUGUUAUGCCCACUUCUAACAGCACACUAAAUGUUAAUGGUGAAUAUUAAAAACGUGGAGCCAGCAGGUCAAACAGCGACUGGAUGCAGCAGAGGGAGAAAUCUGAGAGACUGAAAGAUCAGCUGCAGACUCUUUAACAGGAGCUUUCACGUAAAAUGAAAAAUAAAAAAGCUUUUCACGGAAAAUAAGCAAAGGACGAAAAAGUAAAGAUCCUGUAAUCAGCUGGACAUACUGGUGUUCCCUGUAGAUGUCCAGCAGAUGGUUUUGAAUAAAGAACCAGCUUCUGAAGAACUAAGUCCUGGUGUGAGCCAGAUGGACCUGGAGAACCUCAACGUGAAGAAGGAAGAGGAGGAGCCACCUAACGAGACAAUGGAGUCAUGUGCCACCAGCAUUUCAUCCACUGCAGGUUCUUGUCAGUGUGAGGAGGAUGAAGAUAAGGUUCUGUUGUCACAGUUCGAUCCGCACCAGUCUACAGACAGAGAUCUUCCAAUCAGCAGCUGUCCUGACCACAUGAAAGCAGAAAGUGGUGGAAAGAACUGUGGAGGAGCAGAAAGUAGCAGUAAUCCAGAUCUAAAUCCUUAUGAAGAUGAUUCCUCCUCUUCAGAGAUGGAAAACAAAAAUGACCAGGAUGGGACAAGUUGUGACUGUCAGCUGAAACCAUUUUCAGAUUCUGAAUCAGUAACUGAAGACAGUGAAAAAGAAUGGAAUGAGAGCAAGUCUUCUGAGUCAGAUGUUAAGGCUGUGAACAAAUCUUUAAUCUGCCCUGAGUGUGGUAAACCUGUUCUCCACAAGUGGUCUCUCCAGAAACCUGUGAAAUUUUUAAGACCUUCAGCAACGAGUUCCUCAAGCUGUUGGGGCAGUAAGAAAGGUGUUGGGGUGAAGCAAGCUGUAGACUCGUGUGUCCGAGCACAACUAAAAUCAUUUAGCUGUGAUGAUUGUGGAUUUUCUUUUAGCGAUGAAUCAAAACAUAACAGUCACAUGAGAAUCCACACAGAACAUAAACCUUUUAUGUGUGACAUUUGUGGACAAAGAUUUAGCCAUAAGUCAAAUUUGAUCAGUCACAUUAGAGUCCACACAGGGCAGAAACCAUUUUCUUGUGAGCUCUGUGAGCAAAGAUUUAGCCAAAAAACACAUUUAAACAGGCACAUGAGCGUCCACACAGAACAGAAACCUUUUGUUUGUGAACUUUGUGAAAAAAGGUUUAGCCGACAGUCAAGUGUAAUUAGGCAUAUGAUAGUCCACACCGGACAGAAACCUUUUGAUUGUAAGGUCUGUGGACAAAAGUUUAUCUAUAAGGCACAUUUAAACAGACACACAAGUGUCCACACGGGACAGAAACCUUUUGCAUGUGAUGUUUGUGGAAAAGGAUUUAGCCAAAAGACAAAUUUAAAAACCCACAUGAGAGUUCACACAGGACUGAAACCUUUUGUGUGUGAUGUUUGUGGAGACAGAUUCAGUCAUAAGAGUCAAGUCACGGGGGCAGUAGCCUGUCGAGAGGCCCAGACUUCCUUCUCCCCAGCCACUUGGGCCAGCUCCUCCGGGGGAAUCCCAAGGCAUUCCCUGGCCAGGUGAGAGACAUAGUCCCUCCUGCGUGUCCUGGGUCUCCCUCCCUUUAGGCCUCCUCCCGGUUGGACGUGCCCGGAAAAGCUCACUAGGGAGGCGUCCAGGAGGCAUAUUGACCAGAUGCCCGAGCCACCUCAACUGGCUCCUCUCGAUGUGGAGGAGCAGCGGAUCCACUUCAAGCCCCUCCCGGAGGACCAAGCUUCUCGCUCUAUCUCUAAGGGAGAGCCCAGCCACCCUGCUGUGAAAAAGGAUUUAACCUGCAGUAAAACAGAAACUUGAAAGGCUACAGAUCGAAGAAUAGAAUUGAAAAUCCCUUUAUUGUCCCUCAGUGGGGAGAUUUUAGUUUCACAGCAGCAAUGACAUUCAUUACAGGAACAAAAAUGGAGAGUAAAAAAAAGAACAAACAACAAGAAAACAUAAAAUUCAAAGAUGAAACAUUCACAGUGCUAUACACACAUAUUAAGGAAUUAACAUGUAAAGGAAUGUGUGACAUACUGAGUAAAGAAUACCACUGACGUGUGUUUUAUUUCAAAUUGACUUGCUUGUGGGUAAUUUGGUUGUUCCAGAUUCAGUGUUUAUGCAAAAAGUUCAAACAGUACAUAUCUGGAUAAAAGAAAAUGUAUAUUUGUAAAUUUUAAAUAAAUAUUGAGUUUGGCCCUCGA